AUGCAAUUUAGUAAUAGUAAUAAUAACAAAGAUAAUAUAUUUGUUAAUUUACCAUUGUUAUUAAUCGGUAACAUUAUAAAUAAAACAAAGAAUAUAGAUAAAAUAUGUUUUGCUUUUGUUUGUAAGAGAUUCUUUGAUUUAAGAGAGAAAUACAUGUUGUUUGAUUCAAAAACAAUCAGUCUCAAAUAUGAACAUCUCUAUCUCAACUCUUUUAAAUCAAUCUAUAAAGAAUCUUUGCAAUCAAAAGAUAAUUGUAAUCUCUAUAUUAAUUUUGAAAAAUAUUACAUUAAUAUUAACAAAACAAAAGACGAAUCUAUAUUAUCAAAUGUGUCAAGUGUAGAAUUAGGUAAACACAAUACACAUCGAAUCUCUAAGAUGUUACACAAUUCAAAUGUUAAAAAGUUCAAAUACUGUGAGACAUUACAAUAUCCACUGCCUUCAUCUCUAAAGAAACUCAGCUUUGGAGACGUUUUCAAUAAGGAUUUAGAUCGUGAAUCAUUCCCUGAUGGUAUAGAAGUUAUAAGGUUUGGAGAGAAUUUUUCAAAAUCGAUUGAACCAGGAGUUCUACCAGUGUCAUUGAAGAAGAUAUCAUUUGGACCAGUUUAUGAAGCACCUUUGGUGUCAGGAUCGUUGCCACCCAGACUUGAAAUACUGAAAUACUCAUCGUCUCCUAUUACAACCAAUAUAUUACCACACACUCUUCGUGCAUUAAAGUUUGUACCGAUAUCAUGGUUGCCAUUGAUUAAAGAACUUCCAAACUUGGAAGUUUUGCAUUUCGAUGAUUCGGAUAAUCAAUAUGUCGUUCAAGUAGAUCUCAGUGAAAUACCAAAAUCAGUCACCGAUUUGGCGUUUUUAUCUGAUUACACAUUGACAUCAGCACUUCCUUUGACCAUCAAAAAGUUUACAGUUGAUAAUCAGAAGUUGUUCAUCUAUGAAGAGGUAUUCCCACCAACUGUUAAUUAUCAAUUGGAUUCAAUGGAGUUAUCUAUGAAUAUAUUUUCACUACCAAGUAACGUCAAGGUGAAGAAGAUGACCAUUGUAACAUACUCAUUAAAGUUGGUUGCUGGACAAAUCAAAGAAGCAAAUGGAAUCGAAUCAUUGGAUAUCUGUCAUUGUCAACGUUAUUAUUUCAACGAAGGAUUUCUACCUUCGACUGUUAAGGAAUUGAAGAUCAGUGUCAGUAGCAUUAAAAGAGAAGUAACACUUCCGGAAACACUUGAAACCAUGAUACUCGUCAACAGUAACCGAUCCAAUUCAAAAAAGUUGAUCAUUCCACGAUCGGUCAAAACCGUAGUUAUACAACCCGAAUCAGACCUAAACCUUGAUAUGAUACCGCCGACAGUCAAUCAAAUUUUUAUUUCGAAAAAAUUCAAAUACCACCACAGCAAGGAGUGUGAAAUUCGAAAGUUGGACAAUGAUCACUACCUUGUUUUUGGUAAACAUGCAGAAUACAAGUUCAUUGGUACUCUAUUUCAUCGAUCAUUAUUACCAUCUAUAUUUAAAUUAAUUUUAAAAGAUAUUGAAGACGAAUAA